CCGUAUACUCCUUCGUUGAACAAUGAUGUGUCAGUAAGAUUUUAUUAGGGCUUGAGACGCCAUUGGUGUAAACUAUCAAUGUAUAACACUACAUGUAGACUGUACAGGGCUAAUAGGAUCAUGUCCGUAAGAGGUGGGGUGUAAACACACAGGCUUUGUCUCAAUAACCAGCUGAGAUCCCUAUAGUUAAAGAGCGUUUCAGAACACUAUAAGCGCAUUUCGAGGCAGCCAGUGCACACACAGAAACUCGACUUUGACUUCAACUCGUCUGGACUCCCGGGAUGCCCAAAGUUGCAAAGCGCAUAGGAUUUUUUUUUUCUUUCUAUUUAGGUUUGGACACUUUUGAAGCGCUGCUGUGAUGAGUAAAGAUGGCUCCGCAGAAAGAGUACGCACUGCCCAGACAGCGUUCCCUGCUGCUGCCCGCGGUCAUCAACCCAUUCGUGCACGACCUUAAGUUAACCAAAGCCGAUAAAAUCAAAUGUUUUCUUCUAGGAAUCAUCCUUGUGCCGCUCCGUGGCAUUUUCUUGCUUCUCGUUCUCAUGGUCAUGUGGCCAAUUUCUGUCAUGAUAACAUUCAGACAGCCUCUGAAAGGAGCAGUGGAGCCCAUGACUGGCUGGAGAAGGUUCAUGCACAAAAGAGUGAUGACCUUUCUAGGCUGGCUGUAUUUCUUUGGCAUGGGCUUCAGGGUGGUGGUGAAGGGGAAGCAGGCCAGCAGUGUACAGGCCCCCAUUCUAGCUGUGGCCCCCCACUCUUCUUUCUUUGAUGCCAUCGUCUGUAUUGAAGCUGGUCUACCCUCGACUGUAUCCCGCUCAGAGUCCCUGGAAGCACCAAUCUUUGGCAGGUUUUUGCGCUGUGUGCAGCCAGUGCUUGUUUCACGCAAAGAUCCAGACUCUCGUAGAAAUACUAUCCUUGAGAUUGAGCGCAGAGCAAAGUCAGGCGGACACUGGCCACAGGUACUCAUUUUUCCUGAAGGAACAUGUACAAACAGAUCAUGUCUCAUUACCUUUAAACAAGGUGCCUUUGUCCCAGGGGUCCCAGUACAGCCUGUUCUGAUCAGAUACCCAAAUAAGUUGGACACAGUCACAUGGACCUGGCAGGGCCCAAAAUCGGCCAGACUACUGCUGCUCACACUCUGUCAGCUCUAUACUACAGUGGAGGUUGAGUUUCUGCCCCCUCAAAUUCCCACUGAGAUAGAGAAAAAGUGUCCUUUCAAGUUUGCUAAGUCAGUGAGAGCGGUGAUGGCAGAGUCUCUGGGCCUGCCGGUCACAGACCACACCUACGAAGAUUGUCGUCUGAUGAUUGCAGCAGGAGAACUGACCCUGCCCAUGGAGGCAGGUCUCGUGGAGUUUACCAAGAUCAGCAGGAAGUUGGAAUUAAAAUGGGACAGUGUGAAGAAGGAAUUGGAGAGUUUUGCCAACAUAGCCUGUUCUUGCAAAGGUGGCAGGAUCACAAUUGAGGAGUUUUCGAGCUUUCUCAAACUACCCAUCAGCCCAGCUCUACAGGAGCUCUUCGCUCUGUUUGACAGGAAUGGCGAUGGCACCAUUGAUUUCAGAGAGUAUGUCAUUGGUGUCACAGUUCUGUGCCGCCCAGCUAAUAAUGAGGAAGUCAUUCAGACUGCUUUUAAGCUGUUUGAUAUUGAUGAGGACAACUGUAUCACACAAGAGGAGUUUAGCAGUUUGCUACGUUCUGCUCUUGGAGUACGUGAUCUUGAGGUCCACAGCCUCUUCAAAGAAAUUGAUGCAGAUGGAUCAGGACACAUAACUUAUGAUGAGUUUUGUUCCUUCGCUCUCACCCACCCGGAGUAUGCCAAGCUCUUCACCACCUACCUCGAGCUACAGCGUUACCAGGGUCUCCAGGGGGAGGAGCCAGACUUUGAGGCCAGUUUGUCUCACUGCUGUACUGCUUCUCAUAACCACCAGGAGGACAGUACCUCUGAUAAGAAAGAUGACUGACACAGCAUGCUGCCAUAAGGUUCAUAUUCUGCCAUGCCAUUUGAACACCUGCCUUAAGCUUGGGCAGAAGGUUUUUGAACACAGUCAUAUGCCCUGUCAGCAGUGUUCUGUUUACACCACCAAGUAUCUCAUGAACUAUUGACUGGUUUAUUUAAAGGCUUUCUGAUCAGAGUUUACAAAAAUAUAGGCAUGCUAAAAUAUUUCUUAUUCUGAUGCAAAAAAAAAAUCAUUUUGUUGUUAUAGCACCCCUCAGCUUUUAGACAUGAAACUUAUAAUCCCAACUCAGUUUUGUAUUCACUUUAUUGUAUGAAGUCUAAUAAAAUAUACUGUUUGGUAAUCUCA